CGGUAUGAAAUUAAAUCGCUGAAACGGGAUGGGGUAGGGGCCACUAUUUAAUGCUCUAACAUGCCCUAUUAAAUAGGCGAUUGUGGAGGUCAGGGGUUGUUUGUUGCUCUCUUUAAAGCUCUUACAUUAGGUGCUGGAGACGUGGGAUGAACAGCUACUACGGCUGACCAUUAUUAGGGCUCUAUAGUUCCCACUCACAAUUGAUAUUCUCUCUGUUUAAACAUACUACGAUACGAUUCUUUUCUUUUGUUCCUCCUUCCUUUCUUCUUUUCCGAUACUUCGUCAUACUCUCCGAACAAAAGCAAAGUAGCAAACUCCAUCUUUUUCUGGCUUUGGUCUUUGCAUCUUGUUUCUGUCUUUCUUGUCUCUGAGCCCAGUUAACUUGGCUCCUAACUGGUCUCUCCUGAAGUCAGUCUCAUCGAGAAGAAAAGGGUCCUGCAAAAUAUUGGGCAUUAUCAUAGCAGUGUUUGAUUGAAAAUAUGAUUGGUUGAAGCGAGAAAAAUUUUUCAAUGCGGUAAAGUAAGUCCAGUUGAACCAUGAAACUAGAGGGAGAACUGGCCUUUUGCCAUCCAAAUAUUGGUCUUAAACCUGAAUCUCAAUCUUUUGAAUUCAAUGACAGUAAUCCAGACUCCAUCCUGUGCAAAUCACUAAGCAAGAAAGUGAACGAAAAUGAGAAAAGGAUCUGCUUUGAUUUAAAGAGUAACGAGGGGAAUUCAAUUCCAACACAAUAUGACAUGGAGGAGGUGGAUGGUUUGAUUGCUUCAAAGCUUGGUUGCCCUACAGGCGUUGUUGAUUUAGAAAAUAAUGAUGAAGCAAAGGUCUGGAACUUUGUUUCGCCUGUCUCUCAUUCUUCCCAAGAUACAGAAGCAUCUAAUGCAAAAAGCUCCCAUGAUGUGUGGAUCCAUGAUUCUCGAGAAGAAUUAGAUUCGUGUGAGAAUUCAGAAGAUACCUAUUCAGAUGAAUGUGUGACAGAAAGCCAACCUGAAUUCAUUGUUUGUUGCAAAGAAAGUAAUUGCCAUUUUAUUAAGGAUAUAUGUGUUGAUGAAGGAGUCCCUCCCAUGGAUAAGGUCCGGUACGGGAAUAGUGCUGAUGAAAAGGAUGUUUCUAAAUUCUUGCCUUUUGACACUUCAAAAACUGAAGUAUCAGAGAAAGACAACGGCGAGAUUGGUGUGCCGUUACUAGACGUUCUAGAUGUAACGAUAAUCAAGGAAUCUGAUAAGUUUCCUCUUAAACAUCAUCAGUCUGAGAAUUUGAUUCAGAGAGAUGAGAAUGCUUCUGAAAAUUUUGCUGAUCAGAACAAAGAAAUGGUUUUACCUGGCGGUCUAAUCUCGUUGCAAGAGAUAGAACCGGAAGCUAGGCCUUGUGAUCCGGGUGAUGAAGUUGAACUCAACCAUGCGGAGGUAUUUUUCAUUUUCGCUUGUGUUAGAUUUUAUUUGGAACUUAUAUGCUCCUUUCCCAAAGAUUGA